AUCAUUGGGGCACCGUCAAUUAAAAUCUAUGAAGAUUAGUAAUAGAGAAUUUAUCGAAAACGUCAUUUGUGUUGAGUGAAAAAUAGAACUUCUUACCAGGGCGAGGGAAAGAAGAGUAUUUUUCGAGCGAAAGAUUUGUUUGAAUGUAACAUUUUUCAGGGAAAUUAAGUUCAAUUUGUAUACAAACGUGCUUACAAUGGCCGACGACAUACUUUUUGACUUAUUGCACUCCGAAAUCAUUAACUAUUCACUAGAACAAUCGAAAGAUAAUAAUGAAAAAAAGGAAGUAGAUCUCUCAGUAGUUGAGUACAUUGGGUUUUCGGCUGGGUACAAAAUAAUGGAAAGACUAACAAGAGAAUGGCCAAGAUUCAAAGACGAGUUGGAUACUAUGAAGUUUAUUUGUACAGACUUUUGGACAUGUAUUUACAAAAAACAGAUAGACAAUUUGCGUACUAACCACCAGGGUGUCUAUGUGUUACAAGAUAAUGCUUUCCGUUUCCUUACAAAUUUCUCCAAUGGCCAUCAGUACUUGGAAUAUGCUCCAAGAUAUGUGGCAUACACUUGCGGUCUGAUUAGAGGAGGUCUGGCCAACCUAUGUAUUAACAGUGUUGUUACUGCAGAAGUCCAGUCAAUGCCAUCUUGCAAGUUUCACAUACAUGUCCAAAGAACUUAGCUUAAAAAAUAAUUUAUUUAUAUAGAUGUAGUAGUUAUGUGAUGUCAUUCUAUUAUUAUUACUGUAUUAUAAAUAUUUAAGUUAAAUACAUCUACAUAAUAAUUUAAUAAGGUAAUUUUAAUUAAGGACUCACAAAGAGAAUAAACUGAAUACACCUGAGAAUUU